UUCAUAAAUCAUCCUCUCAACUCUCAACUCUCAGACUCUCAGCCAUACGAACUCCGCCGAACGCAAAUGAACGACGCCCGCAAAAUUUCCCUAAAAGAUAAGAUCAAACAAUCCCUCUGCUUCUCAUGUUGUUUCACCGGCCACCGCGUUGAAACCCUACGCUCCGAAUCAACCUCAUCCACUUCCAACGGCGACAACAACAACAAGCAGCGUCCUCUGUAUCUCAUCGGUGCAUCAUCGCAAUGGAUUAAAUCCCGUUCCCCCGUUGAUCUACCAGAGAUUAAAGACAAGUGCCGGAACAUAUUCGGUCGGAUUGGAUGCAGUAACGCCAGACAAAAUCACCGUCGCCGUCGCUCCUCUACUGAUUUCAGGAGACGAAAAAUAAAAUCAACAUAAAUUGUUGGUGGGAGAUAUCAUCCUUGUACAACAAAAACAUUGAUGGAAGACAAAGAACAACAUGUCCAUGCAAGUUCACCCAGAACAACAUCUACAUCAAGUAGAAGACAAAAGGGAUUUCGUCUUAUUAGGUUUGAUAUUAAACCAAGUCCACUCAAGUUGGUGAAGAAGACAAUGAACAUCUCCACUCAAGUUAACAUUCGAAUUUUUGAUCUGAAAUAAUAAUUUACGAUUUUGGUGGUUGUGAAAGGUUAUGGGUGGUAGUUGUCAUGACCUGUGAUGGAUGGAUGGUGGUAAAAUGUGUUUAAAAUGGUGUUUUUUGUAUAAUAUAAAUAGUUUGUUAUUCGUUUAUAAACUGGGAGAUGACCCGCUUAUAAUAAUACUAA